AGACGAAGUAGAUGCGCACGAGCAAUUGUUGGAACAACAAUAUAUCAAUAACUGUGUCUGUCGCAUGACAUUGCAGAUUGUGCAAUACAUUCAAUAAACGUAAUUUAUAAGAAUUAUACGGUUAAUUAUAUAGCAAAUAACGUAAACAAUUAAAAAAGUGUAAUGUUUCCGAUACAAAAUAAAAUACGAUAACCAGAGCAUCUUCUACAUUUGCGAAUAUUAAGUGUGUGACUUUAUAGUGUGUAUAUAAUUAUUACUUAAAAAAAUCUGGUGGAUAUACAAAAAUGUAUCUCAUCUUUUUGAUGUUAAGCACUCUGAGCAUAGGUAUAAUUUUCAUAAUUAUAUCGGCAAUGUAUAAUCAGUACACUAUUAGACAGAAACUCAAGCGCUUUCCGCAAAUUUCCGGAUUUCCCUUCAUCGGCGUAAUAUUUAAAUUAAUAAACAAGCCAGACUACGAACGUAUGAAAUGGAUAUUAUCGCAAAUUAAUGAGUACAAAGAAGGAAUAUUUGUGCAGUGGAUCGGUCCUUCGCCGAUAAUACAUAUAUUUAAACCAGAAUUUUUAGAGAUAAUAUUUCCUAGUACUACAAAUAUUAAGAAAGGAUCGAUAUAUCACCUGCUGAGAUCCUGGUUGGGGAAUGGACUUCUUACCUCUUCAGGAUUACAAUGGUUUCACGACAGGAAACUUAUUGGGCCAACAUUCCAUUUUAGCAUAUUAGAACAGUUUGUCGAAACCUUCCAUGAAAAAUCGAAGAUAUUAACAAAAUGUCUCGAAAAAGAGAUAGAAAAAAAUCCAACAAAACCAAUUAAUAUUUUUCCAUUUUCUAUCAACGUGACUCUUGAUAUUAUAUGUGAAACUGCAAUGGGUGUGAAUGUACAUGCUCAAGAAGAUAAUACCAAGUAUACUUCAACAGUACAUAAAGUCUCCAAAAUGAUAAUCAAUCGAUUCCUUCGACCAUGGUAUAUGUUGGAUUCGUUGUAUUAUUUAACACCAACUGGAAAAGAAUAUAAAGCAACGUUGAAUGAUCUACAUGAAUUUACAAGAUCGAUAAUAAAGAAACGAAAGAUUGAACGGCAAUUGAAAAACGACUAUGAUAAUCUGGAAAAUAUCGAUGAUGUCAAGCGGAAGAAAGCUUUCUUAGAUCUAUUAUUGGAUGAGAACGAAAAGAGCGACACACCGUUAACCGACGACGAAGUGAGAGCGCAAGUCGACACGUUUAUGUUCGAGGGCCAUGACACAACUGCGGUAGCAAUAACCUGGACGUUGUUUUGUCUGGGCAACAGUCCGAAACAUCAAGAAAAAGUUCACGAAGAAUUAGAAGAAGUUUUCAAAGAUUUGGACGCGCCGGUAACCAUAAAGGAUUUGUCGCAAUUAAAAUAUCUCGACAGAGUCAUAAAAGAAACGCUCAGAAUAUAUCCAAGUGUGCCUAUGAUUGGCAGAGAAUUAACGGAAGAUGUAAACUUAGGUGACUAUGUGAUUCCAAAAGGUAUGACAAUCAUACUGGCAAUCGUAUUGGCACACCGAAAUCCAGAAGUUUGGCCAGAUCCUCUCAAAUUCGAUCCGGAUCGAUUCCUUCCGGAAAACUCGAAAAACAGGAAUCCAUACGCCUACGUUCCGUUCAGUGCUGGACCGAGAAACUGUAUCGGUCAGAGAUUUGCUUUACUCGAAGAGAAGGUUGUGCUAUCGUCUAUCCUCAGAAAAUGGAGAGUAAAAAGCGUGAAAACACACGAAACAAUUCGUAACGGCGGUUCUCUUAUUUAUCGUCCAGCUGAAGAUGUACUUAUUCAUUUCACACCAAAAAACUAAUUAGUCCGAAAAUUGAUUAGGUUUUUUGUAUACCAAAUUUAAUAUAUACAAUAACUCAAGUAUCUUUGAGCAAAUAAAAAAAAUAAUUUUUAAAUUUUUAAUAAAAAAAACAAAAAGUCUUGACGAUAACGCUAAAGUAAAUACAUGCUCUUGUCAACACAUCGACCUAUAAUAUCGUCAUAUUAGAAAAAUGUAAAUAUUACAAACCACUGAAGAUGACUUGAACUAAUAAAGUCGCAACGUUUGGAUUAAUAAUAAU